AUGGUUUCUCAGACAGCUCUUAUUGCGGCUGCAUUGUCGCUUGCCGGGCUGGAGUUGGUUGCUGGGCAGCAACCCAAUGCUCGUUACGAGCACAAGCUACUUAAGCGCCAAUUAUUCGGCUCUUCCGAGCACUCGAACGGCCUGGGGUGGUUGGAGACGCUCUUAAACCCAGACUCUCAGACUGGGACUGCCGCUAGCGCCACCACAUCCAAGGACACCGACGCUACUACCACUUCAUCCGCGGCCUCUGAGCCCGACGUCGUUAUCGUGCCUAUCACCCUCUCCGUCGAUGAGAAUGGCAAGACGCAUACGAUCACCGGCACCGCUCACACUGGUGCUGCGACCGGUGCGGCUUCGACUACUACCAAGGAGUCGACUGUAGCGGAAGUUACCGCUGCCACCACGACGGACUCGCAGCCUGCCGCAACUAGCACCGCGUCAUCAACUACAACAGAAGGAGAUGGUCUUGGCGGUCUUGUGGGAGGUCUUCUGGGCGGUUCAAGCAGUACCGACAGCACCUCUAGCACAACCGAGACCGGUAGCUCCCACGCCACUGCUGAUUCGACAACUUCGGGGACUGAGACAACUGAUUCGACAACAGGAGGUUCCACGACAACUGAUUCCACGACAUCGGAUUCCAAGACAUCGGAUUCUACCACAUCCAACUCGUCGCCUUCCACAACCAGCACAUCAGAUGGUCUGCUUGGACUUGGUUUGGGCCUGAGCUUAGGCGAUGACUCUACGUCUUCCAGCUCGACGUCCUCCGGCACCUCGCCCUCGGCAACAACCACUACCUCUUCAGGCGGCUUGCUCGAUAGCCUUCUGGGUAGUGCUGAUUCCACCACUUCUGAUUCAACUUCUUCCUCUUCAACAGACACCACCGCCGCGUCUCCUUCGGCAACCAGCACUAGCUCCUCAGGUGGAUUGCUUAGUGGCCUAUUGGGUGGGGAUGAUUCUACUUCUUCGGAUUCGACCUCUUCCACUUCGACUGACACCACCGCCACGUCACCGUCAGCGACCAGCACGUCGGGUGGCUUGCUUGGUGGUCUUUUAGGAGGUGAUGAUUCUACAUCCUCAGAUUCGACCUCUUCCACUUCGACUGACACCACCGCCACAUCGCCGUCGGCAACCAGCACGUCGGGUGGCUUGCUUGGUGGUCUUUUAGGAGGUGAUGACUCUACUACUUCGGAUUCAGCUUCUUCCACUUCAACUGAUACCACAGCUGCGUCCCCUUCGGCAACUAGCACAUCAGGUGGUUUGCUUGGUGGUCUCCUGGGAGGUGACUCCACUUCGUCUACCUUGACUUCCACCGGCACGUCGCCCUCGGCAACCAGCACCAGCACGUCGGAUGGUUUGCUUGAUGGCUUGUUGGGAGAUGACUCAACAUCAACCACCUCCACUGCCACCUCCCCUUCGGCAACCAGCACCAGCACGUCGGGUGGUUUGCUCAAUGGCCUAUUGGGAGAUGACUCUACCUCUUCCACCACUGCCACUUCCCCUUCGGCAACCAGCACUAGCUCGUCUGAAGGCUUACUUGGUGGUCUCUUGGGCGGCGAUUCUACUUCUUCCAGUCUAACUUCCGCCGCGUCCCCUUCAGCAACUAGCACUAGCACGUCGGGUGGUCUGCUUGGCGGCCUGCUAGGAGAUGACUCUACUUCUUCCACUUCCACUGCAACCACUCCCUCAGCGACCAGCACCAGCUCGUCUGAAGGCUUACUUGGUGGCCUCUUAGGCGACGAUUCUACUUCUUCCAGUCUGACUUCCGCCGCGUCCCCUUCAGCGACGGCCACUUCAACCGGAUUGCUUGAUGGUAUCUUGGGCACUGACUCCACCAGCAGCACUUCGACUGCAGUCAUCCCAUCGUCAACCAGCACGUCCGGUGGAUUGCUCGGUGGUAUUCUGGGUACCGAUUCUACAGCUUCAAGUGUCAACACACCUGUUCCCUCGCCCACUAGCACGUCCGGCGGGUUGCUUAGUGGCCUCCUAGGCACCGACACCACCAGCAGCACUUCAACUGCUGUCAUUCCGUCGUCAACCAGCACUGGUGGCUUGCUUGAUGGUCUUUUGGGUACCGAUUCUUCGAUCUCGACCCCCUUGCCAACGCCUAGCAGCACAUCGGGGGGCUUGAUUGGAGAGCUUCUGCCCACCAUCUCUGUCAGCGUUCCAGAGUCGACUCCUACAGCUCUAGGCUCCACCGAUGCCGUGCCCAGUUCCACACCCACUCUGCUUCCCCCUGACCUGACAACUUCCAUCAUCCCUACCUCCGGUAGCACGGCGACUUCGGUGCCAGUCAUUCCCCAGGUCCCUACUUCUGGUAUCUCAGCUACGCCAACCCCAUCGGCAGGUGAAUCGACUACUACCAGCUCUUCAAUCCCGCCUGUGCAGCCCAAUCCUACCACCACUAGCACAGAAGAGUCCACGGCGUCCAUAACCACGAUCAAGACUAUCACUACCACCACCGUGGAACCAUCCGCUGAACCCACUGACUGGGUGCCGACCAGCAUUAUCGUCGAGCCCAGUGCCACUGAGACCGAGACGUCUACCGAAGAGACCACGACUGUUGCGCCUACUCAGCUGCCGGGAUCCAUUUCUCCGGCUGGAGGUGCUCCAAAUGCCCCCGAAGGGUCUACCUUGAUCCAGCUGGGGUUCACUCGAGAGCUCCGGUACUCGUUCGUCGCGACACACUCGUUGUCUUCCUCGCAGAUCUUCUUGUACAUCCCUCAGGGUCUCGUCUACGCGCUGGAGGAAGCCAGUAGCGACAUUACCAUGUUCGCUAUCUCGCCCUAUGACAACGAAGCUACCACAGGAUACAUUGCUACUGUCGCCCAAGCCUACAUUCCUACAGAGAAGGUGGACAUCCUUAGGAAGCUGCUUCACAACCCUAUCUCCAGACUCUACGAACAGCCGAAUGACUCUGUCAAGACCCUCAUGUCCAUGAUUGAUCCUUCCAUUCCACUUCUCGUGGGCGACUAUGAUGAGUCAUCAUACGGCAGCAGCUCUGGUUCAAAUGGCGGCAGCAACAGUAGUGAUAAUGGUGACGGCUCUAACGACUCCUACGACGACUCCACUGCUGGCGCCAGCAGCAGCGGCUCUACCAAAGCCAGCUCAGUCGGUAUUGGCGUUGGUGUCGUGGCCGGUGCCGCCGCCUAUGGUGCUGGAAUGUUCUGGGUAGCCCGCCGCUACCGUAAGAAGCGUCAACUGCACCGCCGCACAAGCUCCACUGCCGACCAGAUGAGCGAGCGUGGCGGGUCCAUCUUCACUGGUGGUGGUCGCAUGUCUCGUGGCAGCGGCAGCCAGCGUACCCAGAUGAUCAGUGCACCUGUUAUGGCCGAAAACUCGCUGGGAUGGAACUAG